GCUCCGCUCGCAAACACUGGACGUGCUGCUGGCAUUCUGUCCAUGUUUACUCAGGCUGCAGGGCAGAACUUUGACUGUGCUUAUGUUGAUGAUUUUCUUCCUUCUUUGACGUCUUCUCUUUUUCUGCGAUGCUUUACAAGAGAUCUGAAAUGCAAUUAUAACUCCUCCGGUGGAAGUGGCAAACCCGGAUAAUUUUCUCCACCUUUAUUUCUGCACCUUCAUCUCUCCUUUCUCUCAGGUCUUCGUGUGCUCAGCACAGACAGGAUGUCAUGGCGUCCUCAGUACCGUAGUUCCAAGUAUCGCCACGUGUUUGGGAAGCCGGCCACAAAAGAGAAUUGCUACGAUGGCGUCCCCAUCACCCGGAGUGUUCACGACAACCACCUCUGUGCCGCCAACCCUCACUUUAUCGCAGUCAUCACCGAAUGUGCGGGGGGCGGAUCAUUCCUGGUGCUGUCCAUCCAUCACACUGGCAAGGUUGACCCUCAUCACCCAAAGGUUUCUGGUCAUAGAGGCAAUGUACUUGACAUCAAAUGGAAUCCCUUUGAUGACUUCUGCAUAGCAUCUUGUUCAGAGGACGCCACAGUAAAGAUUUGGGAUAUUCCUGAACAUGGUGUUCUGAAGAACAUCACAGUGCCUUGGAAGGAGCUUCAGGGCCAUUCACGACGAGUCGGCCUCAUCGAGUGGCAUCCAACUGCCAACAACAUCAUUUUCAGUACCGGCUAUGACUACCAGGUUAUGAUGUGGAGGUUGGACGUUCCUGAACAGGUGAUCAAGAACCCUGUGCGGUCCAUCAGUGUGCAUUCAGAUGUGGUUCUGUCCAUGUCCUUCAACACAGAUGGCAGCAGACUCGCCACCUCUUGCAAGGAUAAGAAGAUCCGAGUGAUUGACCCGCGCACUGGCACCCUUUUACAGGAGACUAACUGCAAGUUACACAGAGCCAGUAAAGUGCUAUUUCUUGGAAACCUGAAAAUGCUUCUCUCUACGGGCAAUUCACGCUGGAACCAUCGUCAGAUUGUACUUUGGGAUCAGGAGGACCUCUCUCAGCCGUCUUAUUCAGAGGACUUGGACGGCUCCUCCGGUGUCCUCUUCCCUUUUUAUGACCCUGACACACACAUGCUUUACAUUGCUGGAAAAGGUGAUGGAAAUAUCAGAUACUAUGAAAUCAGCCCAGAGAAGCCAUAUGUGCACUAUUUGACGGAAUACCGAUCUCUUCUACCUCAGAAGGGAAUGGGUGUCAUGCCAAAGAGAGGGCUUGAUGUGUGUUCCUGUGAAGUCUUCAGAUUCUACAAACUAGUGACAAUCAAAAGUCUCAUAGAACCUCUAUCCAUGAUUGUUCCACGAAGGUCAGAGUCCUAUCAAGAGGACAUUUACCCCAUGACAGCUGGGAACAAGCCCGCCAUGACAGCAGAUGAGUGGAUCAGUGGUCUAGACAAAGGUCCCUUGAUGAUGUCUCUGAGGCCUGGAAGUAAACUGGACUCACAUGUGGAGGUGGGCUUGAGUAAAGGCCCAACUGACUCGACGGAGACACGCCAUUCUCGCAGUCGGCCAGGGCUGUCACAGCGGAUUCAUGAACGUCUGGAUGCCAAAGAGAACGAUCGCAAAGAAUCCCACCCUACCUUGCUGCUCCCAUCCACAGAUGAAAACAGCAGCUCUACAACCUUUGUCAGCAACGGACAACUAGAUUCCACGCACUGCUCGCCACCAAAAACAGAGAACGAGCUCCGACAAAUGUUUUAUAAGCAGCAGGAAGAGAUCCGAAGGUUGAGGGAGCUUCUUAACCAGAAGGAUGUGCGGAUGAAACAGUUGGAAUUGGAGAUCAAAAAUGUGAAAAACUCACAAGCCAAUCUUUGAGAGAAACUGUCAAACGCCUUGUCUUCUUCACUAACAUUCACAUAAGACCUUUCUGCCUCAUGAAUUAUGCUGUAAAGGUGUGGUCACAUUUACCAUUGCUCAGCAAAAUUUCGCGGGUGAAAUCCAGUCAUUUCAAUAGGAAUUCGCGCUAACGGGAGUUUCGUGUAAGGAAGGAAUAUUUUGUUUGUGUUCAAGUUGGUCACAGAAAAGCUGCUUUUUUGAAAGUGACUGUGUGUGAGCGGGACUUCAUGCAUUGCUACACUAUUGACAAUGGACAAUGGAGCUUUUUUGCCCCCGAAAUUUCGCUAACGUGACCGCCCCUUAUGGAAACAGGCUACAUUCUCAUUACUAGCAUCUCUUUAUGAAAGUCAUUCCUUGUAUGCACGUUUUGUGCACAUAAAUACGGUACAACCUCCAUGGUAGUUUUUUUUUAUAGCACUAU